CCCCUUGAGUCCCACGACCGAAGAUUUUUCCAACAGAACUCUUGCGGUUAUGUCCAGGACCUGUCUUCUCUUCACUUCACCGCAUACUUGCCCAGGGUGGAGAGGGAACACGAUGAAGGACUGGCCUAUCCUCCGCACCAUUCCCCUCAGCCAUCAUACGCGACAUUGCAGACUGUCGCGGAAACUGAGCAUCAGCACGUCGAGAUGGGUCCCGACAGACGGCCGUGGGUCGAGCCGUUGCCACCUCCCUCCUCCGCCUCCAUCUCCGCCCCGCCGCCAAGGAACAGGAAGUCCCUAGCGAUGUGUUUUACAAGUACUGGAGCCGCCUUAUCGCUGCCGCCCAAGAAGAAGGACAUCUACAGACCAUAUUCUUUAGAUGACAGACCUGUUAAGACGCAGGAGCCGGCAUCGAUCCGGCGUCCUGCAGAGGAAGAUCUCACUGCAGCGCACGCAAUUCUGGAUCUCAGUGCGUCGACGGCUGCUAACAUCACCGUCCAGUCCGAGCCGAACCAACAACAUGAAGAGCAGAAACGUGUGGUAGCUCCCAUAUUCAGGCUAGGCAGCCAACCCACUGGGAAGACAGUGGCAUACACAUACGAGGCGUUCUUUGUGAGUGAUGGACGAUCAAAGAGGAAAUCCCUGAGUUCAACAGGAAUAUCAGCUUUGCCAGAGAUCACUUCAGAGAGAGCAACAGAGAAUCGAACCCGGUAUACAUGCACGGAAUGCGGGAAACAGUAUGCGACAUCGUCCAACUUGUCACGCCAUAAACAGACGCACCGAAGCCUUGAUUCUCAGUCCGCCAAGAAGUGUGUCACGUGCGGGAAAGCAUACGUGAGCAUGCCCGCGCUGGCCAUGCACCUCUUGACGCAUAAGUUGUCUCACGCGUGCGGUGUGUGCGGUAAGCUGUUCUCACGGCCCUGGCUCCUACAGGGACAUCUCCGCUCGCACACGGGCGAGAAGCCGUUCGGAUGUGCUCACUGCGGCAAGGCAUUCGCUGACCGUUCCAACCUGCGCGCGCAUAUGCAGACACAUUCUGCCGACAAGAACUUCACAUGUACGCGCUGCCAUAAGUCUUUCGCACUCAAGUCUUACCUCAACAAGCACCUCGAGUCCGCGUGCUUCAAGGACGGCCCCACCAAUAUCCCAGCACCUGACGAGGCUUCGUCGCCUGGAAUGGCAGCAACUUGCCCAUCUCUCUCCCCACCUCCUGAAACGUCACAUCUCCUGACGCCUUCCCCCGCACCUCUAAACAUCAGCUAUUCCUGUUGAAAUAAUAUGAUAUAAAAACUACGUCCACCCAAUGUUUAAAGUUCUGUUUCCAAAAGCCACUAUAUCCCCACGGAUCCACCUAUGGUACUGUAUCACAGAUGCCGGUAUGCGGGUGAUGUGAUUUCCCGGAUUCGUGGGAAAAUUUAUGUGACGUGGAGAAUUAAUCCUUUUGACAUGUAUGAUCUUUCUAGAUUACACGUUUUGUAACAAAAAAAGUCUAGAUAAGGAAACAAGAGAGAAGAUAUUUAUCUAAUGUUAAAUAUAUUAGAAAUAGACUACUUAUCUAAUCAGUACCUUACGUUCAUAUUUAUAAAGGAACACACGAGCACUCCAGUGUACACUUGUGAAUGCUAUAGUUUGCGAUGCACCGGAAUACAGAUACACCCUCCUUACAAGUCACAAGCACAAUUUUAUUUUAUGCAUCUGGGCACAAUCUUUUAAACGGAAACGCUAUAGAUAAUAAGUGUAGUAACUUAAAGUAAAUAAAUACAUUAAACAAAUCGGAAAUUCAAAUAAAUCUUUUUUUUAUAUUAAGUAAUUAAUCAUUUGAGUUCUAAAAAUGAAUAUUAAUUUUGGAAAUAUGACUCAUGACCUUUUAAAAUUACUUGAAGUGCAUUACAACCGUAUUACACCAAGUACAGAAGAACACGGCAUGUGUGUCACCCCUCUGCAGUCGUAUAGACGUAAUGGGUUUUAAUUAAGCUUAAUUAAUUUCAUGAAUUUCUUGGAUCGAUAUAAAUUAUCGUCUACUUAACCCUCAGUUCAAUCAAGUAUAUGAUAUAUAGCUAUUAUUCCACAUUCGCUUUCCAUCGAGUUACAUGUAUCAUUUUUGGUGUAACCUUAUAUUACUGCGUGCAUAAUACGAUAAACUAGCAUAUUCAUUAAUCCCUAAAUUUCAUCUGACUGGCCAAAACCGACAAUAGCAGAAAUUGCGUUUCAUUUUUGUGUCGGAUUUGCCUUAUAAUUAUGAUAUUUUAAUAUUGAAUUGUGAUGUGUUCAAAUGAAUAAACCCGAAAGCAGUCAUCUGUCGGGGUCAGUCAUACUUUAGAAAUAUCACUUUCCAGCCCAAUAUUGAACUCAAUCGGACUAUUUUGAAGUUUAGGAAUAUUAAACUUGGCUUGAUUACGUGCCGUAUAUCAAGAUGUAAGGUAACAAAUGGUAAUAUUACUGUAACUCUAUGGAAUUAUUUUUUUGAAGAAUGACUACUUUAUCAUAAAUUUCUUAUUUUACUGCAACUUUAAGGAACUUAAAUAUUUUGAGAAACAGAUAUUUGCUCGCAAACUGAAAUGUCUGACGGAACACAUCAAUCUUAAAAGUAUUGAGGUGAACUCCAUUAUCCACGAGACUGAAUUCAGCCAUCGGUGUUGAAGUUACUAAUAAUUAAUAAUAUGAAAUAUAUAAGUCAUAAAUUCUCUUCAUCCGUCACAGAUACUUUUAGCUCAAACAGUUCUUAAUAAUAUGAGUAAACAGUGGUAAAGAAAACACGUACUCUUUUCUGUGAAACUAAAUUUAACAUAGUUACUAUAGGAUUCUGAUGAUGGUGUAUAACACAUAUAGAUAUUGGGUUUUCGGA